UCAGGCAAGAAUCCAUACAUACAGAAAAAAGGUUUCCACCUUCAGAAACACCAUCUUUUUUACUAUAAUUCCCCAUUAUGUUCCCAAUCCUCUCCUUUUCCUCGAAUUCUCGCAAUCGAAUCUUAUAUAUGCUCAAAGUUGUUUCAAGAUUUUAAAAGCUCAAAUUUACGAGCAACCGAGAAAGAGCAUUAUGAUUUGAGGGGGGUCUUUCUUUUGAAAGGGCAUUCAGGUUUUGCUCUUUUUGUGUUUCUGAAUAUAGAAAUUUUACAAUACUUGUUCACCGAAAUGUUUUUACAUUCAUCUUUUGGGGCAUAUAAAUAUAUAUUGUAUAUAAGUAUCAAGCUCUUGGAAAUUUAAUUGUGUAUGUUAAGUAUUUCCAAGUAACAUUACUUAGAAGAAGAAAAAAAGAUAAAAUAAAGGUUUAAAAAAAGGUGGUGAAAUUCAUACAAUGUCAGUAGCUGAUGUUGCUUUGAGUCCAAUUCCCAAAAAGUCUGGAACUGCUUGUAUGCGGAGCGGUGAAUCCAUAGUGAUUUACCUAACCGUUGCUGGUUCUUUGAUUCCGAUGAGAAUAAUGGAGACGGAUUCCAUUGCCAACGUUAAACUUAAGAUACAAACAUGUAAAGGUUUUGUAGUAAAGAAACAAAAGCUGGUUUUUGGAGGGAGAGAAUUGUCUAGAAAUAAUUCUCUUGUUAAAGACUAUGGUGUUUCAAGUGGUGAUGUCCUUCAUCUGAUUCUCCGGGUUUCUGAUGUACUCGUGAUCAUUGUGGAGACUGCUCUUGGGAAAGCAUUCGAGUUUGAGGUUGAUAGAUAUAGAAAUGUAAGGUAUUUGAAACAACUGGUUUUGGAAAAAGCUAAAGGGAUUGGAUUUGUCAAUGCUGAAGAUCACAAAAUUCUGUGUAAUGGUGAGAAGCUUGAUGAUCAGAGGCUGAUUAAUGAUAUAUGUAAGAAGCAUGAUGCGGGGAUUCAUUUGGUUGUUCAAAAAUCGGUGGAAGUUUCAUCUAGUUCAGAUGAAGGAAAUCCUGAAAAACAUAAGCAGAAUAUGAAUCCAAUUAAACACCCGGAUAUUGAUUAUCCAUUGCAGCCGAUAAUUGUGAAUCCAGGUGCUAAAUUGUCUCCCACCAUAUGGAGUAUGCUAGAUUCUGCAUCCGAAGGGCUGAAAAAAGGGAAAAAGCCCAUAAGAUCAUCAGAGGGUACCGGAGGAACUUACUUUAUGCAACACCCGUCAGGGAACAGGUAUGCUGCUGUAUUUAAGCCGAUAGAUGAAGAACCAAUGGCAGUUAAUAACCCUCAAGGGCUACCGGUAUCGUCAAAUGGUGAAGGGUUGAAAAGGGGCACGAAAGUAGGUGAAGGCGCAUUGAGGGAGGUUGCAGCUUACAUAUUAGACCACCCAAGGACCGGACCUCGGGUAGCUGGUGAUUCAAAGAUGGGUUUUGCUGGUGUACCUCCUACGGUCAUGGUAAAGUGCUUAAAUGGAGAAUUCAAUCACCCGGAAGGUUAUGAUGGUGGACCAAAAAAUGUCAAGGUUGGAUCUCUACAGAUGUUUAUGAAAAAUUAUGGAAGUUGUGAAGAUAUGGGUCCCAGGUAUUUUCCAGUGGAAGAAGUUCAUAAGAUCACUGUUUUUGAUAUAAGAACCGCCAAUGCUGAUAGGCAUGCCGGGAAUAUUUUGAUGAACCGGGAGGGCGAUCGUGUUAUGCUCAUUCCUAUUGACCACGGAUACUGUUUACCAGAAAACUUUGAAGAUUGCACGUUUGAUUGGCUUCACUGGCCACAAGCCCGUGAACCAUACUCAUGUGAAACUGUGGACUAUAUCCAAUCGCUGGAUGCUGAGAAAGACCUGGCACUCUUGAGCUUAAAUGGAUGGGAUCUCUCACAUGAGUGUGCACGCACCUUUCGCAUCUCCACCAUGCUUCUAAAGAAAGGUGUACUGAGAGGAAUGUCCCCUUAUGCCAUAGGGCGUUUCCUAUGCAGAGAAACGAUUAACAGAGAAUCAAUGAUUGAGAAAGUUAUCCAAAAAGCUCGUAAUGCCACGCUCCCUGGAGCAAGUGAAGCCAACUUCCUUAAAGUUGUUUCAGACAUUUUGGAUUUGGAGCUUGACUUGGUUUCAGGGGGAACUCUUUGAGGUUUGGGUUUGUAUAAAAAUGUUAUAUUUUAUAACUACACUGUCGUAUAAUUUAUGGCACUUUUAUGAGCAGUAGUACUAAAUUAUUAACUAUAUCUUACA